GGGUAAAGGUGCAAAAUAAGCUGACGAGGAAAUACGUAGAAAGGAGGGCAAAGCUGGGAAGAAGUAGCAGCCUCUGCCUGCCUGCCCAUUCUUUUAUCUCUUCCUCUCUCUCUCUCUCUCUCUCUCUCUCUCUCUCUCUCUCUCUGCAUAUAUAUUUUGAUGAUUAACUUGCUGAGUAGCAACACCAAGGAUUAACAGUUUGUUCAUCUUGCAAGCAAGAACGGCCGAGACGAGAGGAAUUUGAUUAUGACAAACAUCAUGGAUUCAUGUGUGGGGAAGAUUCUCAGUUUUCUCGCUGAUGGAGUGAUUAGCCAAGGGGCUUAUGUGAUUCAAUACAAGAACCAGGUCCAGCUACUCGAACAAGAAAAUAAGAGGCUCGGUGAAAAAAAGGACAGAAUCCAGGGAAUGGUGGAUACAGCCACAAACAAUGGGAAAGUCAUUGAAACUGAGGUCUCCAGUUGGCUAAAGGAAGUAGAACAGAUGGAAGGAGAUAUCGCCAACUUCCUGCAUCAACAAGAAAACAGAGAAUCUUUCACGUGUUUUCCGGGCUGCAUGUGUCCCAACUUAUUGUGGCGUCACAAGAGGGGUAGGGAUGCUGACGACAGGAAGUCGGAGGUCAGUAAACUGAUAAGUACGGGUGACCGACUAGAGAAUUCACCAGUGGCACGUGAUGCACCUUUCCAAUGGGAGCUGCACUUUGAUUCUCCUCAUUAUUACACCACGUUCCCAUCAAGAGCUUCAGUUUUUGAGGAAAUCAUGAAUGCUUUGAAGGAUUCUGGGGUUGACAUGAUUGGGGUCCAUGGGCCUGGUGGUGCUGGGAAGACGACGAUGGUGAAAGAGGUUGCCAACGAAGCUAAGAUACGAGGAAUUUUUGAUAAGAUUGUGUUGGCAGUCGUGUCUAAAGAUCCGAACACCUCAAAACUACAAGAAGAUAUUGAACCCCAACUGGAACUCAAGUAUGAACGAACAAGUGAGUUAGGAAGAGCAGAUGAGCUACGAAAGGCAUUGUUAAAUGGGAAAAGAAAGAUACUGGUAAUAUUGGAUGACCUUUGGCAAGUACUAGACUUGAAGGCAAUUGGAAUUCCUAUUUCGGGCCUUGGCGCAAAAGGUUGCAAAAUUAUGCUAACCUCGCGUAAAGAAGAGGUGCUCAAAUGGAUGAACGUCGGUCGUUCAGUUUUUUUCAUUGAUUACUUGAAGGAGCAAGAAGCGUGGGAGCUGUUUACGAAGGUGACAGGAGGUUUUGGAGUUGAUGAAUUGACAGCAAGAAAGGUAUGCAAGAAAUGUGCAGAUCUGCCUAUUGCUAUAGUUGCAGUUGGAGCUGCACUAAAGGACGAGGAAGUGGUUGAGUGGCAAAAUGCACUUCACGAAUUAGAGAAGUCCCCCCUAAAAUACAUUGAAGGAGUUGAACUAGUGGGUUAUACCCCCUUGAAGUGGAGCUAUGAUUUUCUAAAAGACGAGGGUGCAAAGUCGUGCUUCUUACUCUGUUGUUUGUUCCCCGAAGAUGAUGAGAUUUCUAUUGAUGACUUGGUUAGAUAUAGCUUUGCCUUGGGGUUCCUUGGAAGGGUGGAUACGUUGAAAGAUGCGAGAAUUAAAGUACAAGCCAUGGUUAAUAUGCUGAAAAGGUCCUGCUUGUUGCUAAAUGGAAAAAAAAAGAAUGAUGUCAAAAUGCAUGACGUUAUUCAUGACCUUGCAAUUGUUAUCACGGGGGAGAAGCAAACAGAACACGGAGGUGGUCGUGAUUGGCCAGGGCGACAACAGUUCAUGGUAAAUCACGAUAUUCGAGAGUGGCCGAAGAAUGAUGCCUGGAAGCAUCACACAGCAAUCUCAUUGAGGAUCAAUGAUGACAACUUUCCUUUUCCUUGCAGCGUGCUCGAUUGUCCACUAUUGCAUACCCUUGUAUUGGAGCAUGGAAAAUCUUCACCUAUAAUUCCAAAUAACUUCUUUCAAGGCACGAGGGAUGCAAUCGUUUUAGAUUUGAAAAGCAUAUCGUUGGAGCUCUCAUCAUCAGUUUUGGAGUUGGAUCAUCUUCGAAUGUUACGUUUAAGUAAUUGCAUAUUAUUGAGAGACCUGACUACAAUUCGAAAUUUAAAGAAUCACCUUGAAAUACUUAGCUUUGAAAAAUCUAAAAUAAAAGAGCUGCCACAAGUAAUUGGAGAAUUGACUCGUUUGCGGUCCUUGAAUUUGAAGUGCAAGCAGCUAAAGGUGAUUCCAAAGGGUGUGAUAUCUAAUUUGAUUUGUCUAGAAGAGUUGUAUGUUACAAUAAAUUUUCAAGGAUGGGAUACUAUUGUAGAUGUUGAGGAAACGAGCAAUGCAAGCAUCGCUGAGUUGAAAUCAUUGACUCAAUUAACAGUUUUACAUGUUGGUAUCGGAACAGAAAGUGUCAAGAUUAUAGUGCAAGAAUGCCCCGGUUUAUUUGAGAAAUUGACUAAUUUUAUUAUAUUUAUAAACUUUUCUGGGAGACUUUCUUCUGUUAGGGAUGAAACCUUGAAUGUUUUGAGUAUUGAGAAUAUUCAUCAUAUGGAUGAUGCAUUUUAUCUCUUGGUGGACAAAGUUAAUGAGUUGAAGUUGAGGAAGAUUCCGCAUUUGAAAAGGGUAUUCAAAGACCGAAAGGAUCUCAGUAUACACGGCCAGCAAAACUUGAGAUUUCUACGUGACAAGCCAAACCUACAGUUUACACCAUAUUAUGGAGGGGGAUAUUUUAGUAAAUUAACCCUUUUAACUAUUUCUGAGUGUCAUAGCAUGAAAUCUCUCUUUUCCCCAUUCUGGGCCAGAGCACUCCAACAACUCCGAUCACUAAGAGUACACAAUUGUAGGGAAAUGGAACAAAUAAUUGGAGUAGUAGAUCAUCAUCAUCAUGAAGAAGAAGUCUUAACAGAUGAAGCUAUUAUUUUUAGCCAGUUGGACAGCUUAGAAUUAAGAGGACUUCCACAAUUUAGAAGCUUCUACCCCAAAAUGGAGAAGACAACAAUUGAAAGAAACCUUUCAAAUUAUACCACAAGGGCAGAAUACAUCUUCAAUGAAAAGGCAUGUAUUAAUUCUUAACAUGCUUUCUAUUUUUUAUUUAAAAUAUUUUUUUGAGAAGCUGUUUGAUAAAAUGUUACCAACAAAAUUAUUUUAUUCUUUCAAUUAUUUUUUUUUAUUUCAAAAAAUAAAGUUAGGACGAGUUAUCUACUACUUUUCAUUUGUAUUGUCAAGCUAACUCCUAUUAUUUAUUUUUUCACCCAUUUUUUGUGUUAAUAAUAAAUUAAAAAACUAGAAUACAAAAAUGCAUAACCUAAUAUUAAAUUUUAUGUGACAAGUUUUUUUUCCCGUCUUAACAUCGUUGGUGAUUGAUAAGUUACCAGUGGAAUAUAUUUGAACAAACAAGCGAUUCAAUCCCCAAAAAGAUCAAACAAAUUAUCUUUUUCUCAAUUGAGCAUGUUACAUGUUCACAAGUGUCCUUCUUUGACAUUGUUAGUUGAAGACCUUAACCCUAACAUCCAAAGUCAUGCAGUUAAAUCUAAAUUCAAUGAUGUGUUCCCAAAGUUGACAUUUCUUACAUUAUAUAAUCUUCCCAAGUUGAUGAAAACAUGGCUUAGUGAUGAGGACUA